AUGGAGGUGCUGAAGACGACGGCGAUCAGCGAGAAGAAGGCGGCCAAGCUGCUGAAGAAGUUCGUGGAAAGCAAGGAGUCGGAGGAGAACGCAGACCUCGUGAUGAACGAGGAGGUUAAGUUCCAGUUGGCGCAGGUGCUAGCACACCUCGAAGGCAAGAAGCCGCAGAUCCAGCUGCAGCAGGACGAGUACCAGUUCGGUCAGUACUAG